CAACCCCUUUUUCCCUCCAGUCGCGCGAGAAUUUCGUACACGUCAGGGCGUGUGUAUUUGACGUCACUGUCCUUUCCCGUCACUUGGAGCCGGCGGAAGGAAGUAGCUGUUGGUGACUGUGCAAAGAUGAAUACUAGAGGACUUGGAUCUCAGCUGAAGGAUUGCAUUUCAGUUCCUGAUUUUUCAGCUAGUGGAGCAUUUGAAAGCCAUGGUGUGAUACACAAAGGCUUUACACAUGUGAAGAGUGAACUUUUUCCUGUUCAUCCUUUGGAACUUUCAGAGAAGAAUUUUUCGUUAACUCAAGAUAAAAUGAAUUUUUCUACUCUGAGAAGUAUUCAAGGGCUACAUGCACCACUGAAGUUGCAAAUGGAAUUCAGAGCAGUAAAACAGGUCCAGCGCCUUCCUUUCCUUCAUAGCUCUAAUCUGUCACUGGAUAUCUUAAAAGGCAAUGAUGACUGCAUUGGUUUUGAGGAUAUUCUUGGUGAUCCUGCAGAAAGUGAAAUAAUGGCAGAUCCUCAUUUGAUGGUUGAACAUAAACUUGGUUUAUUGUAAUACUUACACACUACAGCUUUCUGUUCCUCAGAAGAUUCUUACCUAUGUCCAUGAGGAUUCAAAUAAACUAUAUUAAAUGAAAAGGAUACAAUGCUUAUUUUGAUACCCAGUCUCUCACUAACUCAAAAAAAGCACAUUAAAUGCUAUAAGCAUCUUGUUUUGGGUUUACUGUCAAAUGUCUUAUAAGUUGUGUGUGUCCUUAAAAAAAGGAUAUAUGAACAUAUAGCCAUUUCAUAUUUGUAGUUAGAGAAGGCUAUGUAUCAAAACAUUCGGAAACAGCUAAAUAUGAAACUGUUAGGAUUGGAAAAUUCUUGUAAAAGAACUCUUUGUAUUUUAAACCAAGGGAUUUGGUGUCAGUUUUUUUUUUGCUUUUGAUGGUUGAUGUCUUUUAAACAAUAAAUAACAUUUUCAAUAAA